UAACCGGGGAGCUUUUUCUGCAGGGAAGCCGCAAGAGAUGUAAUGCAUCGUUAUUACGACCUACCAGUUGCCUGUUAAUGGUGUUAGCCGUGCCCUUCACACCUUGAAUCAACCCUGCAGGAUGGUAUUUCCCUUUCAUCACAGCUAUGCGCCUUCUUUUUGAACAAUGAGCUCGAUCCAGAUGUGCCUAUGAUGUGUCAAGGAAAGGACACCCUUCAUCUCCCACUAUGGUUGUAGAUAGCAUCAUGCUGGAUAAAGCCAGUGACAAAGGGGAACAGACUGGGCGGUGCUCAGACUGUGGAUGUAAUCUGGACCAACCACAGCCUGACUCUGAGACGCCUUUAGCCAACUCUUCAGCCCUCCCUAAGCAGCGGCGUUUACCCAAAACAGAGGGCCCCUCCAAAUGCCCCUCCUGCGAGGCACGCCUUACUCUCUCCAAUGGGCGGCGGCCACACAGACGCAUCCGCCCAGAUCCUCACAGCUGCCCUCUCUGCACCAAAACCUUCAUAUCCUCUGCCCAUCUGGCCCUUCACCUAGCCUCCCAUGGUAAGGAGCGGAAGUACAGGUGUAACAUCUGUGGCAAGUACUUCCAUCAGUCUUCCCACCUGAUGGCGCACAAGAUGAUCCACAGUGGGGACAGGCCAUUUAAAUGCCCAGAGUGUGGCAAGACCUUUGGCCGUGCCUCGCACCUUAAGACCCACCGUCGGCUGCACACAGGUGAGAAGCCCUUCAAGUGCACCCACUGUGAAAAGGCUUUCACCCAGAAGGCUGGGCUCAUCGCGCACGUCCGCCUGCACACAGGGGAACGGCCCUACAAGUGUGAGCAGUGUGGCCAGGCCUUCCGUUCCUUGUCACACCUGCUCUCCCAUAAGGCUCAGGAGUCCUCCGAGCGGGGCAAGCCAGUGUCAGCAUCUGCUGCCCCAAGCGAUCAGCAGCAGAGGGCAGAGAGCAACCUGGACGACCUGAAGUGUGGCGUCUGCUGCCGUACCUUUGUGCGGUCAUCCUACAUCAGGCUCUACAUACGCCUGAAAAAGGGGCAGCGGCCUUAUCACUGCAAGGUGUGCAACAAAACCUUCGUGAAGAUGGACACCUUUGUGAACCACUGUGAUAAACACUUAAGGCAGAAAAAGGCUAAAAGUGAGGAGCAUAAAGAUAAAGUUGUGAAGCCUCCGUUGUUUGUCCCACUCUCCAGGCCUUCCUCUCCUCUGGCCUCAUCUGCCCUGCCUGUCCUCUCAGAAGUCAACACACGCUCCAGGGCAAAGGCCAAGAGCAAACUGGAGGCAUGAUCCAUUAAUAUAGACGUUACAUUCAACAAUAUAAAUGUUGCUUACACUAAAAAAAAAUGUGUCAUCGCCAUACUGUACAGAUGAUAAGCUAUUACAGCUUUGCCACAGCACUGAAUAACAGACUGCAGGAUGGAUUUGUCACAUAAAAAUGUUUUUCACUGAAAACACUGCCAAUAGAGCAAAUGGUAAAAGAAAAACAUGUUUACUGACCUUAUUAACAGAAUAUCAAGAUGAGAUAGGAAUACGUUUUACUUGAGUAACUCCCCAAAAUACUGUCACUGAUUUAUUAAUUGUAUGGUUUGUUAAUUGUAUGCUUUUGUUUUGGGUUGGGACAUGUAAUUGUUUUUGCAGUUACUACAAUGAACAAUUAUUAUUAUGCUCAUAGUGAAAAAUAUUUUAGGGCUCAAGGCAAAUUCUGUUUCACCUCUGACAGAGUAUGUAUCCUGCUUUUGAGGCACUUUGUUUAAUUCAUUUUCUUUUAUGGUGUCAUCCAAAAUUAUAAUAUUUAAUAUUAAUAAUUAUUCUGGGUUAAGCAUAAUUUUUCUUUAAACCCAUGUAUACCUAUUGGUCAUGGAGAGAAUCAGUAAUAUAAAAAAGCAAAUAGCAUGCCUAUUGUAAAAUAAUGCACAUUAAGUUAACAUAGUAUUGGAAAAAAAUAUUUAAAAAAUUAACUGGCACAUUAAAGGGAUGGUAAAUCCCCUUUCUUAUUUAGUAUUAUUCUUGAGUAGUAUCAUCUGCCAAGAUUUUAGAGUUCCUAAAAGUCUGUUGUUGUUAUUAAAAUUGUGAUUUAUAUAGGAACAGCACAAGUUACUUUUGUUCACCAUAGUCUGUUGAGGCUAAUGGAGGAUAAUUGAAAAGUCAAUCAAACGGGGCAGGAGGAGUAAAAACUAACACUGUGCUCUGACUGGAUCGUCCCUGUUCUGCAUGCAGCAGACUGAUCGUUUCAUCCAGGUGGAAUCAAGUGGUUUACCAUGUUCCCCUUUCAGGGAUGUUAUGAUUAAUCAACAUGACUCAUGCAAAUUAUUU